AUGGUCAAGCUUACCGAGGUCGAGGAUGAGCACUUCACGGAGAAGCCUAUUCCCAGCAAGCACGAUGCUUUGCUGGUGUCCGAUGACGAGGAGGAUUACACCGACACCGAUUCCGAGAUCUCCAACGAGGAGGAGGAGGACCUCGACCUUGAGGAGGAGUCCCUCUACGAGCGUAUCUCCGCCCUGAAAGACAUCAUUCCCCCCGGCGCGCGCCGCACCGUCAGCAACUCCGUCUCCACCCUCACAUCCAUCACCAAGUCUAGCCUGUCUUUCAGCGGCAAGGCCCUCUGGAUCAUCAGCACUAGUGCUUUCCUGAUCGGUGUCCCAUGGGCUCUGGCCUACGCCGAGGAGGAGCAGUACAUCCAGAUGGAGCGGGAGCAGGGCAUGAUUAAGGGCGCUAACGAGAUGCUCACGCCCGGCCUUGAGGCCGAGCAGCAGGGUGCCCAGCCCACUCUGUAA